GCGGGGCCGGGGGCGGCUGCGGGGAGCGGCGGGAGGCCGGAGCGGGCUGCAGCGGCCGCCGGAAGAAAGCGGGACCCGGGCGGCCGAGAAUGGGGCCGGGGCUCGGGCUCCUGCUCCUGCUGCUGGGGGCUGCCGCGCGCUCCGCCGUGCCCCGCACGGAGAGACCCUUCCCGGAGGUGCAGCAGAUGGUUCAUCGCUUCUUCCAGGAGGCCAUUUCCAACUACAGCAUCUUUCUGGUGGCCCCACAGACCAGGACUCUGUACGUGGGAGCCAAGAACGCCAUCUUCGCCCUGCCUUUGGAGUCAGUCAACCAGCCUGCCAAAAUGAUCUCCUGGGAAGUGCCUAAGAAUCAUCGAGAUUCCUGCACAAGGAAGGGAAAAAAAGAGGCAGAGUGUCAUAAUUACAUCCGCAUUCUGGAGUUUGCUGAUGAGAGCCACCUCUACACCUGCGGGACCUUUGCUUUUGAUCCACAGUGUGGCUUCAUUAAAGUGGCCAAUUUCAGCAGUGUGGAGCGGCAGGAAAGUGGCCGGGGGAAAUGCCCCUUUGAGCCUACGCAACAGUCAGCAGCCGUAAUGGUCGAUGGUGUCCUGUAUGCUGCCACUGUCAGCAACUUCCUGGGGACGCAGCCCAUCAUCUCCAGAGCAACAGGAAACCUUGAGGAGCGCAUCCGGACAGAGAUCUCAGUGACCUGGCUGAAUGACCCAGUCUUUGUGGGCUCCACUUUCCUGAGAGGGGACGAGAGUGGAGAGAAUGACAAAAUCUAUUUCUUCUUCACGGAGACAGCCAGAGAGUACGACUUCUAUGAACAAGUGAGGGUCCCACGUGUGGCCAGAGUCUGCAAGGGAGACUUGGGAGGCCUGAAGACCCUGCAGAAGCGGUGGACAACUUUCCUAAAGACCCAGCUGAUUUGCUUGGAUCCAGAGAGUGGAACCAACUUCAAUCUACUGAAAGAUGUAUUUACCUUGCACUCUGUAAACGGGACUUCUGCAGUGUUCUAUGGUAUCUUCUCAGCCCAGAGGGAUGGCGGGCAGGUCUCAGCUGUCUGUGCCUACAGCAUUCGGGACAUCCAGAAAGCCAUGAACGGCCGUUUCAAGGAAUUUAAACAUGACUGUGACAAGUGGACAAGUGUCAUGGGUGGGGAUGUCCCUGAGCCACGGCCAGGCGCAUGCAUUACCAAGAGCAUGAAGCUGGCUGGCUUUGGCUCCUCCCUGGCAUUGCCUGACCGUGUUCUGACAUUUGUCAGAGAUCAUCCUCUCAUGGACCAGGUUGUUCACCCGCUGGAAAUGGGGCCCGUGUUGGUCAAGCUGGACACACAGUACCUCAGAAUUGCAGUACAUCGUGUCAGAAGCAUAUCUGGGCAGGAAUAUGAUAUGCUGUACCUGGGGACCGAGGAUGGACAUUUGCACAAAGCAGUGAAGAUUGCCCAAAAAGCUGUCAUCAUUGAGGAUCUGACACUGUUCCCAGAGCCCCAGCCAAUUCAGAACCUGCAGCUCCACCAGAGCUGGUUGUAUGUAGGGUCCCCUACUGAAGUGACUCAGGUCAACACAACAGACUGUGAGAGAUACAAGAGCUGCAUCGAGUGUGUCCUGGGCAGAGACCCAUCCUGUGCCUGGAGCAGAGAGCUGGGUGCUUGUAUACACCACCAGGGACAAAGCGGGUUACUGCAGGACCUCACAUCUCUAAGCAUCUUAACAGUGUGUCCACAGGGAACAGCAGAUGUGCCUGUUACAGUCGAGGUGCCAGUGUCCCUGGCUGCCCGGGUUGUGCUUCCCUGUACUCCUCCGUCAGCCUGGGCAACCUGCACGUGGCAGAGACCUUCCCAAGAUGCCACCGUGUACGCCUUGCGCAGCGAUGGGCUGGAGUUCACAGUGACAGAGGAUACCCUUGGUGAUUACACCUGCCAGUGCAUGGAAGUUGGAGCAGGGGGCGUGGUCGCCUCCUACAGCCUGGUGAGGGGCAGCAGCUCUGCUAACACCUGGAAGACAACUGAGCGGAACUACAGUGUCCUGGUGGGACUCCUCUUGUUUUUCCUAGGCUUUGCUGCUGGCUCUGGCUGUUUCUUCAUCUACGAGAGGAGGCGACAGGAGCGACUCCAGAGGGAGCUGCUCAGCCGUGAGAGAAAUGGACUGGAUUUGAUGCAGUCGAAUACAACUAGCUGCAGCCAUGAGCCACACACGCCAAGCUCCCCGGAAGACGAGCGCCACCCGCUGGCUACAGCUAAGAAGAAUGGCAGCCUCAAUGGCUUCCCCCACCUCUACAUCAAUGAGCUGGACAAAGACCAAGCCCGGAUCUACCUGACAGGGGUUCCACUGGCCAAGUGCGAUGAAACCUCCAUUUAGUAGACCCCGAAGGGAGCACAUACAUCACCAACACCCACGGCGAUGCCUGCCCCUAGUUGGACACAGCCAUCACUGACAUCCCUGGCAUUGUCUGCCCCCUAGGGGGAGGAAGGGCACAGCCAUCACUGACAUGCCUGGCAGUGGCUUCCCCAAAAGGCGAAGAGGGGCACAGCCACUGUUGACACUGCAAGUCGAGCCUCUUUCUUCAUGUCAUUGCCAGAGUUCCCGUUCUCAGAAUCCAUCUGACUGAUGCGGCCGUCUAGGCCUGGAGUUAGUGUGAUGCUCCAUUGUGGUCAGUGAGCAGAGCUGGUGUGUCUGAGAGUGGGACUCGCCCGGCUUUAUUUCUACUAAAACCUUCAUGUAGCCUCUGGGCUCUGGCCAAAGAAUUCCUUGCUGAGUGGCUUUGAGUCCUUGUGCCCCAGGUCCCCCAACCUCUGUGAAGUUGCUUGGAAUAGAUCAUCGGAGUUUCUGUGUUACUAGCCUGGUGGUGGUGUUUGGCAAACAUGCUCCAGGGCCGGGUCCCUGGGCUCUGCAUCCUGUAGAUAUUCCCUGGAAGUGAUGAUUGUAUUGGCUAAAAUUAGCCUUGAUUGUGACUGCAACCCGAGCUAUCUGGAACAAUAUUCCACAUCUCUCUCAUCCCUGCCUGCUGCUCAGCUGUGGGGAGUGGUGGUGGUGGAGACCUGCUAUUGGCUUCUUCAAGAGCAGGAAGCACUCACAGCCAGCACUUACCGAAGCCUUGUGUGUUCCUGUGGGGUCUUCUCUGCCUUCACAGUCUGGUACACAAGAGACAGUAAAUGCCCCUGGAGACCUCUUGGCCAGUGCUGACAAGUGACUGCCUUGGUGGUGCUUUCUAUUAACCAGCACCAUCUUCAUGAAUGUGGUGUGACUGAGACCAGGUGCAGAGUCUCCUUGAGAUCAGGUGCGCCUCUGCGAAUAGGAGUUGUCCUCCAGGUGCAGAAGUCUGAAACACCCUUCAGAAAGAAUGGUGGCUGACUCACUAUAAUGCCAAAUUCUGCAGCUGCCCUGGCUGCACAUGCCUUCAGUCCACAGCCAUGUGGAUCCUUGUGUGUCUGGGCUGGAGAAGGCCCAGCACAGUUUUGCCAAGUGUGUUACAGUAGAUGUGAAUGAUCAGAGCCAAUGACAUAGUGGUGCUAUGGAAUAUCGUAGCUAUGCAUGUUGAGACAGGAGAGACUAGGACAUUGCAGAGAGUAAGUUCUUCCAGAGCUGCUUUUCCUCCAAGCAGUCAGGUCAGGUGGAGUUACUUGUUGCUGAGGUAUUCAUGCUGUAAAGCACUGAACCUGAGGGCAUCUCCCUCUGUUAGAAAUGUCACCGCCACUUUGGACUUUGUCUCUAGCAAAAGUGUGACACACACACACCCAUAUCAUUGCCAUGAGCCUCUCCUUGCAGCUGAUUAGCUGCACAUAUUGGACUGGGGACACGUCUCCCACUCCUGUGCGUGUCCACCUGCAUGCAGCUUGUCCCUCUCCAACCUCCCUUAACAGGUUCAGUGAGACCCUCCCAACCUUCCAUUGUUCUCUGGCUUCCCCAGUAGGCCCACUGGCCACUUCUGGCUUCCUCACAGGCUGGUUCAGUGUCUCCAGCCACUGGAGCUUUCCCAGCUUGUCUUGCAAUCUCAGUGAGAACUCCUUUCUUAGGUUCCCGUAGGCCCCUGCGGCGGCUGGGGGGGUGGGGUGGAGGUGGGACUGAAUGUGAAAUUAAUGUCACCUGCUGGUUUUGCUGUUUUGUGUUUUUUGUUUUUAAUCAAACUUUUUUAUUUUGUGAUUUAUUAAAAAUUAUUGUCAAAAAGAAUAGUCUGGGUGUUGGUGGGAGGCGGGUGAAGGGGGUUGACAGACACAAACUCUUCGGGGCUCUGUUAUUGGUGAUUUUUGGUUAUGUGCACAGGCUGCUGGCACAGUAUCGUGCUCCCUAUCAACAUAAGAAUAGCCAUACUGGGUCAGACCAAUGGUCCUGUCUUCCCACAGUAGCCAAUGCCAGGUGCUUCAGACCAGGGGUUCUCAGCCUUUUCCUUUCAGAGGGCCGCCCAACAUGAUAUAAAAACUCCACUGCCCACUUGUGCCACAUCUGGUUUUCUGCAUAUAAAAGCCAGGGCCAGCAUUAAGGGGUAGCAAGCAGGGCAAUUGUCUUGGACCUUACACCACUUGGCCCCCAUGAAGUUGCUCAGGCUUUGGCUUCAGCCCCAGGUGGCGGGGCUUCGGCUUUCUGCCCUGGGCCUCAGCAAGUCUAAUGCUGGCCCCACUUGGAGGACCCCCUGAAACAUGCUUGCAACCCCCCAGGGGGCCCUGGACUCCUGGUUGAGAACCACUGCUUCAGAGGCUAUGAACAGAACAGGUAAUCAUCAAGUGAUCCAUCUCCUGUCGCCCAUUCCCAGCUUCUGGCAAAUGAGCUAGGGACACUUCAGAGCGUGGUUUUGCAUCGCUGCCCAUCCUGGCUAACAGACAUUGAUGUGUACGGGGAGACUUUGGCAAACUAGUAAAGUGCCUGAAACCACUAUGGCUUAUUGCUAAAAGCAGCCAAGUCAGCAGGCUUAGCUUAACUAAGGCAGGAGGGGAGAGGGGGUUUUGGGUGCCACAGAGAGGGCAGCUUGACCCCUUGUCCUUCCUGAUAAGAAUUGUGUUGAAGUUGCUGAUACAUACAUCUUAGAAGAGCAGGAUGUGCCCCAGGAAUGUCUAUUGGGGCCUCAAGGCUGCAAACUCUGGAAAAACCCGCACCUGGUUAAUCAAUAAUCAGAAGGAACCUCUCGCUUGACCAUUGAAACUGCUUACUUAACAAGUUUGCUUUAAGGGUCAUGUCAUUCUAUUACUAAUGUAUAAAUAAGGAGAAAAAGUUUGAGGUAGGGGGACUCUUCAGGACUGGACUCUCUCUCUGGAUGCAUCUUGUGUUUCAGCAGCUGCCGCUGUGCCACUCGAGAGCCACGCUCAGCUUUGGUAAUUAUCAAGGGUUGAGCGUGUUUUACUAACCUCUUGCGGACGUGUGUAUAAGUGCUUGAGACUAAGUAAAGUUUAGCUUUAAGUG